UUAUAAAUAUACUGUGGCAUUACUAAAGUGUAAAAAUUAAAGAAGCAGUAUAAAUUUUCAAUAUCGAGUUAGGAAAACAAUAAUGGAAAACCCUCAUAGUACACCUAUAUUUCAUUUACCUGACGAAAUAAUAACUUUGAUACUGGUAAAUAAUGAAGCUCGAGACAUUAUCAAUUUCGGCGCUACAUGUAAACAGUUUUACGAAUUAGUUUUCAACAAUGAUCUUUUAUGGAAAAGGAUGUUUUCAAAAACAGUACCAAGUGCAGUGGUUAAACAUGUUUGCACACGUAAUGGUGGAAAUUGGCUUAAAGAGAUAAUCCACUUUUACAAACUCAAACAAACAAUACAUAUGGAGCUUUUAUCUAUGCCAUCGGCAUACAACCGGAGAUUGAAUGAAGUGUCAUUAACAGAUGUGGGAGUUUUUUUUUCUUUUGCAACAGAAAAUAAUCUCAACUACUAUUAUACAAUACAUAUUCUUCAAGAGAUUGUGAAGAAAGCAUCUGCGAAAAUCGAUACUAAUCAAUGUUUAAAACCACUGUAUACACUUACAGUUAUAUAUUAUGCAAAAUUGGUUCUUCGUUAUUUAUUUCAUACAUACCUGGCAAUGAAAUGGUUACAAAAACAUAUACGAAUUGAGUUGACACCUGUAUUAGUUACAACCUUCUUUUUACAAUGGAUAGAUGUCACUAAACUCUACAGUGAUGAAGAUGUUGAACAAAAGAUUCAAUUACUUGUUACAAGAGUUGAAAAGAUUUUAGAAGAGUCUCAUUCAAAAUUGAAGCAAAACCAUCAUGCUGACGGGAAGAAAUACACUGAAACACAAUUGUUGCAAGCUAUAACAAAAGUAGUUUAUAAUAAUAGCAAAGUAUCUGAGGCAUAUAGUUCAAAGACUUUAGAUAUUGUAAAGGUUAUUGAUGAGAAUGAUGGUAAUCUUAUUUCAUAUGGUGCAAUUUAUGAAGCUGUGGCAAAAAGGUUUGGCCUGAAAUGUGAACUAAUUGCAUUUCCAAAUCACUUGUUCCUAGAGUGGCAAAGCAGUGAUAAACCCAAUGAGUAUUAUACAAUAGAACUUAGCAAUGGUGAUAUAAAACCUAAACGAUGUUGUCCGUUUGCUCAUGGCACCCAGAAUAACUACAGUUAUUGUCCAGAUUCAUUACUAAAGUAUAUUUACUCUUCAUAUAUGAAAACGAAAGGCCCAAUAAAAAGCUACAAAACUCAAAAUGCUAUUCAUUUAUGGGAUAUAUUCGGUACCAAUCAAAAUGCGAACAGCCCUUACAAAAACUUCUUUCAACAUUUGGUAAAAUAUGCUCAAACACCUGCAAUAAAAACUACACUGAAUUUGGAAUAUUUGGAAUAUGUACACCUGAAAAUGAUAUUAGUAUUAUCAAGACUAAAUGAAUCUGUAUCAGAAGUUGUUAACCGGAGAAUUGUUCCGAAGACACGUCGUAAUAUAAAUAUAACAGUAAAAUUCGCAGUAGGCAUGGUAUGUUAUCACAAUAUAUACAAUUACAUAUGUGUAAUUCGUGGAUGGGAAGCGGACGGCACCCACUUGUUGAUACAUGGUAUAGACGAUCUUCGAGUGAAAGAACAACCGUUCUAUUGCGUUAUAGCUGGUGAUCAGUCAGAGAGAUUUGUUGCACAGGAAAAUCUAAAGGUAGUCUAUGUGCCAUUUCGCAUACAGCAUUUAGAGGAUUCACUGGCUAGAGAGUUUACACAUUUCGAUGGAUUUUCUUACGUCCCAAAUGAGGAGAAAUUGAAAGAAUAUCCAGAUGAAGAGUAUUAUAUUGAAGCCUUGAAAAAAUCGGUACUCCAUCUAUACACCUAGUUAAGACUAAGUAUUUGUAAAUAAUAUAAUGAAUACACUUUUAUAAAUUGUUCACGAGAAAAGUACUAUACUAGAAAGUAUAAGCCAAAUGCCAUCUUUUGACGGCCGAUUGGUGCAGUGGGCAGCGACCCUGCUUUCUGAGUCAAAGGCCGUGGGUUCGA